AUGGCCCUGGUGGAAGGUGCGCAUUUGGUACCCUUCGCCUUUAUGAGAAGCGUUCCUGAAUUGGCCCUGCAGCGAUUCGAGAAUGGCUCCGGAUUGCGUUCAGUCAAUGCGCAGGAGGCGAUGAAUGCAGAUCGUCGAGCUUGGGAAGUGAUUGGUGAUUUGCUGGAGCAUGGCUGGCAGCUCGACGACGCGAUCUCUGAGGUUGUGGAGGAACGCACUCCCUGGACAACAGAGAUCACGCGCAACAACGAGGUCCACAAGAUCUGUGUGCAGUACAAUCUGCCUUCAGGGUCCGCUUGCAAGUUCCUGCAUGUUUGCUGUGUUGCCAAGCAGGAUCUGCUGGCCAAUUUCCUUGGUGCAAGCGACUUCUUUUGCGGCAUUACUUUCAGUCUUGGUGGCAUUUUUGGGCGAUUUGAACUUUUCGAGGCGCAGUCAUGCGGUGCAGCCCACAGAAUCGUCAGCUUAUUAAGAUUCGGCUACCGCUCAGGGACACAGGUCGGCAUUUGCAAUCUGACUUGGGAUUAUCCACAGCUUGUUUCUUUCAUCAACCUUUGCUUGAGGCAAGCUUUCCCUGGGAAGAGUUGGGCUUCGAUUUGCGUUUCACAUAACUCUUUUGCAAAGCUGCGCAGUGAUUCAGGGAAUUUGUACGGCUCUGAAAACCAUGCGCUUUCUCUGGGCCAACAUGUGGGUGGCCUUCUUUGGUUGGAGAGUGCAUUGGAUCAGCCUGCACCUCCCCCAUCUUCUCAGUCCGUGGAUUGCUCCGGCGGCCUGGUGAACAUUCACGAAAAGCCGUUUUCUUUUAACCCACGUCUUCUUCAUGGUUCUUCUGAGUGGGUUGGAGAUCGAUGGGUGCUGAUCCCGUACACCCCGACAAUCUUCCAAUCUGCUUCUUCCGAAGAUUUAUUGCAGCUGCAGGCGCUAUCUUUUCCUCUCCCUGGGGCUGCGAGCGAAUCUGUGGUGGCAACUAUACCAUCGCCAGUGCCUUUGACAUCAGAUACUAAGCUUUUCCUGGACCUCUGCUGUGGAUCCUCGGCUCCUUGCUCCACGGCGGUACGUGCUUUGGGUAUCCCUUGCCUUGCGGUUGAUCCACUUUUCGGAGAAGGUUUGGACCUUCUUCACGAUGAAACAUUUGAUCGAAUCAUGGCCUUGGCUCACAAUGGUGUCUUCAAAUUUGCCCAUGGCAGUCCACCCUGUGGCGAGUUUUCGCUGGUUAAGCUCCGGUCUUGA